CGACCCACCUUAUUAUCAAAUGAAAUUUUAUGAAGAGUGGACUAGUGUGUAUAAUCUUGAUUAUAACCUACAGAUUCAAGAUAAUUGCUCUACUAAAUUGUUAAAUAAUAAUUAUUACAAAAUUUUUGAAAGCGAAGACAACCAUUAUUUAUUUUUGUUUUUUACCCAAAAACGAUUUCGUAGACCGCUAUUGAUCAACGUAUGUUUAAUUAGUAUUCAACAGUUUUGUGGUCAUAUUUUUCUAACGAACAAAUUUCAAUGUCUUCACGGAGUAUUAACUAUAAGUGAAACAAUACCAAAUGUGACUGAAAUUUUACUUCUCCAACUUAUUGCAUCUAUUAUAUGUUUAUACAUCGUGAGUGUUUCGGAGAAGACAAAUUUAUUAAUCAUUUCGGGAUUUGGAAUGGCAAUUACUUUAUUAUUAAUGAAUGCCACAUACCAUAUAGACAUUAUAGAUAAAGAUGAACUAUGGUUACCUAGUUUAAUUUUAUUUUAUAUUAUAUUUUAUUCGAUUGGAUAUGGCCCAAUUCCGUGGAUUUUGAUGCCCGAAAUAUGCCCAAGAUCAUCAAGAUUGUGGAUAUCUGGCGUUACAGUCAGUUUAUACGCUUUUUUAAGUUUAGUCAAUAAUCAAUCAUAUUACGAAAAUAUAAGACUAGUAUAUGCAAUGGAAAUUUUCACUUUUUUAAGUGUAAUAUGUGCAUAUUUUGUAUAUUUGUUCUUACCAAAAAUAAAAGACUGUGUUCAAACUUAA